AUGUUCAACGCCACUCAACAUCGUGGCAAUCCCAAUCUUGGGCCUGCACCUCCGGGGCAGCCAAAUCACCGCCUCAAUGAGAUCAUGGACUCUCUCCGGGCAGAAUUCGACAAUCAAAGUCGGUCCUCGGAGCAGGUUGAGAACCAAGUCGCUCAGCAAAUUCAGGAGAUGGAACUUAUCAGAAACAAAGUCUACCAAUUGGAGCAGAAUCAGCUGAAAAUGAAGCAGGACUAUGAAGCUGAGAUUCGAAUGCUACGACACGAGUUGGAGAUGCGCGGCGGGCCUCAAGUGCAAUCACAUCUAGGCGCCCCUCAGCAGCACGGCGGUCCUGCUCAAGCUCCUCCAUCUUUGGGCCAUGGACAAGGUGGCCUUUUCAGUGGAAUCAUGGCAAACCAAGGACAAGGCGGCCCAGGUCUUGCUCCUCCUCCGGAACAACCACCUCCACAACAGCAUCCGUUACAGCCUCCUCCACCUCCGGCAGGACAACCUCAAGGGCCCCCUCAGCCUCCCAAUUCAUUUCCUGGCUACCAAGGUCCAACAUUGAAUGGUUAUGCGCCGCAGCCGCAACCCCCCACAAACUCUCCGGGACUAGGCAAAAACCGCAACAUGACCAAUAGGGGUGCGCCAGGUCCUGCUACACCUCAACAGCAUCCAAAUCAGCCACAGCCGAUGCCAUACCAAAAUGAUCCUCGAGCGUCUCCUCAAAUCCCACGGCCGACUCCUCCUGGUAGUGAGAUGCAGCUGCAGCCACGCCAUCAAGGACCUGGACAAGGGCAGUUUCCCAAUGUGGGCAACGUUCUAGCAGAUCUAAACCCCGAAGAUUUACCAGAUUCGUUGAAGCGCACUGGAACCGACUGGCACGCUGUGUUCAACCCCAACGUCCCGCGUGUACUUGACGUUCAGCUUUUGCACAAUCUUGUUCACGAGUCAGUUGUGUGCUGUGUCAGGUUCUCAGCCGAUGGCAAGUACGUCGCAACAGGUUGCAACCGCAGUGCUCAAAUUUUCGAUGCGCGAGAUGGGAGAAAGGUUUGUGAAUUGCUGGAUGAAAGUGUCCAAGACAAAGAGGGAGAUCUGUACAUCCGCUCGGUUUGCUUCUCGCCUGAUGGAAAGUUACUCGCUACGGGAGCGGAAGACAAAAAGAUUCGAGUGUGGGACAUCGAGAGCAAGCGCAUUCGAACUACAUUUGACGGACAUGAGCAAGACAUUUACUCGCUGGAUUUCUCGCGCACUGGCCGUUUGAUCGCAUCAGGAUCCGGCGACAAGACCGUCCGACUGUGGGACAUUGAGUCCAAUCAGCAAGUGAUGGUCCUGUCGAUAGAAGACGGCGUGACCACGGUGGCAAUGUCUCCCGAUGGACGCUUCGUCGCCGCAGGUUCAUUGGACAAGAGUGUACGCGUCUGGGACUGUUCUAGCGGGUACCUUAUUGAGCGUCUGGAAGGCGGCCAAGGACACAAGGACAGCGUCUACUCGGUGGCUUUCUCCCCAAGUGGACGUGAACUUGUCAGCGGUAGUCUGGAUAAGACGAUCAAGAUGUGGGAACUUACCCCUCAACGUGGUUUGAUUCCAGCAUCGGCUGCCAAAGAUGGCAAAUGUAUUCGGACGUUUGAAGGCCACAAGGACUAUGUUCUAUCUGUGUGCUUAACUCCCGGAGGAGAAUGGGUCAUGUCAGGGUCGAAAGACCGGGGGGUUCAGUUCUGGGAUCCUACAACUGGCAAUGCCCAAAUGAUGCUACAAGGACACAAGAACUCCGUCAUCUCGGUGGCACCAUGCCCAGCUGGACACUUAUUUGCCACCGGUUCGGGCGACAUGAAGGCUCGGAUCUGGCAAUACACCACCUGGCGUGGAGCACACCAAGGGAUCUAA